AUGGAGGAAGUCAAACAGGCCAUCCUGCCGCGAUGGCAGAGAGGGCUCGAAGCUACGCAUAACCGACACGGAAAGCAGAUGGUACUCGUAGCUGCCACAUUUGCAUUGACGAUUUUAUACUUCUUCUGGCCAACGGACUUCAACAAUCUGGGCGAUGUUCCAAGGACUUGCCAUAAACACAAGAACGUGCAAGGGUUGCCAUUGAAAGACGUUCCACAUCAUCUCAAGAGCUUCCAGAAAUGCUCGAUCGCCAACCUGGAAGCAACGAACUACGUAUUCCUGAACACGGCUGAGCCAUUACCCGUGUCUGAGUUCGUCAGCCGCCGAGACAGGUUGGCUGAAGCUUUAAUCCAAGAUGGAUUGGAUGCCUUCUUGAUUGAGCCGGGCUACACUUUUUCGUACUAUGCCAACGUGACUCAACCGGAUUGGGAGGUCUGGGAGCCUGAGGAACGACCUUUCCUGAUGGUCGUGCAGCCUAACAGGAGCAAGGACAGCGAGGUUCGGGCGAAAACUACCUUCUUGGUCCCAUCUUUCGAGGCGGAGCGCGCUAGGUUGCUGCACAUGCCAUUCGAGGAGGACCUGGACCUUGUCACGUAUGAGGAGCACUGGAAUCCUUAUGCGACCUUACUCAGUUCCUCGAUCUUCGAGCAGAAAGGCGAAGAUGGCGAGAAAAGUACUCCAAAUGUCAUGGUUGACGAAGAAAUGCGUGAUUUCAUCUCCCGCGGACUUACUGUCAAUGGCUUCGACGUGCAUGGGCUAAGUGGCGAGGUAGAGCGGGUCAGACAGACUAAGUCGGAAGCCGAAGUAGGAAUCUUGAGAGCUGUCAAUACUGGUACUGUGGAGUCUGUCAGGGCUAUGAGAAAUUGCCUGACUCCUGGUCUCACUGAAGACGAGGUACAGCUUGUGCUCGACAACACGAUGCGUUCGGCUGGUAUGGACCCGUUCUUCGAUAUCGUGCUAUUUGAUGAGAAUGCUGCGAACCCGCACGGUGGCACGGACGGUGCAAAGCGGCUCGAGAAGGAGACCAUGGUCUUGAUCGAUGUUGGCGCGCACUUGCUUGGGUACUCGAGCGACAUCUGUCGCAGCUUCUUCCCGCCUUUCUUCAAGAAGCCUGUGACCGAAGCCGACAUGGAAACACUCAGCGAAGAUGUCAAAGAAAAGCUACAUGUCUGGGAUGUUGUUCUUGAUGCUCAGACUGCUUCUCUGCAUGCUCUCCACGAAAAUGGUACCUGUGCAUCGGUUGACCUAGCUGCCCGUGCGGUGAUUGAGGACGCGGGAUAUGGCGACGCAUUCACGCACAGAGUAGGUCAUGGCAUUGGGAUCAAGGCUCAUGAGUCGCCUUACCUCAACAAGGGUAACACCGAGACUCCUCUGAAAGCUGGAAUGGCUUUUACUUCGGAACCUGGCAUCUAUCUGGUCGACAAAUUCGGCGUGAGACACGAAGACAUCUUGCUCGUCGGAGAAGAUGGCCUGCCAGACAUCCUGACGGGCGUGCGCGCUAAAGGUCCUUGGGAGCCGUAG